AUGAAGAAACACCUGAGUCCUACCAAACAGCAGCAGCAGCCGCCGCCGCCGCCGGCUGAUGUCCCGGCUCCAGGCGGCGAGGUGACCGUCCAACAACUCAACGAGCUGCUGUCCAACGGCAGCGGCUUCUACAGCUUACCCACGCAGCACUUCAACGAGGUCUUCCCCAGGAUUUACAUCGGCAACGCGUUCGUAGCCCAGAAUGCAAUGCGUCUGCAGAAGCUUGGCGUGACGCACGUCCUCAAUGUGGCGGAGGGCACCUCCUUCAUGCAUGUCAAUACCAGUGUGGACUUCUACACCGGCACGGGCAUCAUGUACCACGGCAUCCAGGCCAAUGACACAGAGCAAUUCAACCUCAGUGCCUUCUUCGAGGAGGGGGCCGAUUUUAUCGACAAGGCCCUAGCACACAAUAAUGGCAAAGGGAAGGUGUACGUACACUGCAGAGAAGGCUACAGCCGCUCCCCCACCAUGGUCGUUGCUUACCUCAUGCUGCGCCAUAAAAUGGAUGCCCGGCUGGCGGUGGCCACCGUCAGGCAGAAGAGAGAAAUCGGUCCUAAUGACGGUUUCCUUCGCCAACUGUGCCAACUUAACGAGAAGCUGGCGAAGGAAGGCAAGCUGAACGGGGAGGCGGGCAAACUAAAGACCAAAUGA